GGAGCUACCACAGAAAAGAGGGCGUAUCUCAAAAGUGGGCGUUAAAAGUACAGGACUAACAAAAUGGACGUCAAGAAGAAGCAAUCUGAUUCUAUUCUCUCCAUGAUCCAGACGCGCUCUCUGGAGGUUGUGUUGGCACCUAUAGCGAAACAUGUGUCGGACCUCAUGCGGCUAUCCAGCAGGAGCCGUAGCGUCCCCUUCCCUGAUCUGAUGCCCAGUGCACUAGCUGUCAUGGAGUGCGUGCAAGACAUGGCCAACAUUGCUCAGACCAUUGCACAAGAGAGUGUUAAUAAGGAACUCAAGGCUGAGAUGCCCAGAGUGAGUGACAUGACUUUGAAGACAGCUGAGAAGUUGCUGGAGGCAGCUGGUCGACUCUCUGAUAGCCCUCUCUGCAAGCACACCAAGAGCAUGCUCAACAGUGCCACACAGAGCCUCCUCGAGUGGACUGUCAAGCUGCUGCUCGUGUGGGACGAGGGGGAAGUGAGGAAGAUUGUCAAUGCAGCACAGGGGGCGCUUGAUCGAUUGGGACUCGUACAAGGGUCAAAGUCCAUGAGAGGCCUGGUUAUUUGUUUUGGAGGUUUCUCUGAGGCCAUGCUUCUCCUGCUCCCGCUUGCAGACAAGAGACAGAAGGAGCUCACUGAUGUAGACUGCAAGCGGAGACUCUUGGAGGCUUUGGACAGACUCAAGGUCAACCUGCCCAAGUUCUCUCAGGCCAUGCAGAGUUAUGUCAAGUCACCCACUGCCCCUUCUGCAAAGGAGACUAAGGACAUGCUGGGUGGAGAACUAGCCACAGCACUUCAUAGACUAAUGGAUGCUGUCUAUCCUCUCAACAGAGAAGCUGACAACAUGGCGGGCAAUAUCAUGGAGGUACAGCGCAAGCUCACCACGGAUCGUCGCUACUACAUCGGGCCUGACCUCGACAGACACUUGGACUCUGUCCUCCAGAACUCCAUGGCCGUGGCUCAUGUGAGCAGAGAUCAGUACAGGGACGCCAUUAAGAAGCUCUGUGAAGAGGUGUUGUCAUUGCGUAAAAACCUGCAAGAUUUGGCAGAGUCCAUCUCCAGUGACCCCUAUAAUGAAGCCACUAAAGCGACCUUUGACAGAACGGCUGAGCGACUGCAAGAGCGCCUAUUAGAGCUUGAUCGCUGGGUAGCUGACUCUGUGGUGGAUCAGGUGACCGAAGCAUUUGUGGAACCAUCAGCUCCCAUCAAUCAUCUGGUACGUGCCGCUACAGACCCCCACCUCACAUCAAGGUCAAAGUCCACUACCACGGCAACCCCAACAAGCACCACUUCUGGUGACUCCUCCCCCUCCUCUGAUCGCUAUAACGACUCGAUGAGAGGUCUGACACGACAAGUGGACUUGUUUAGACGUCACUCCCGGAGACUGAGUCAAGUGGCAGCACAUGCAGCACAGAGCUCCACCAACGCUAAGAGAGUGCAAAUGAUCAAGGUCCUGGCUAACAGUGUGGACAAACUGACACCACGAGUGGUAGAUGCUGCACUGGGGGUACGCAAGGAUCCAGCCAAUCAGAUGGCUCACGAGCAACUGGACUCUGUGCGUAGAGAGUGGGCAGAGAAAGUACAAGAGUUAACGAGUGCUAUUGAUGACAUCAUCGAUCCAGAGGACUUCAUGGCCGUGUCAGAGGCCAACAUCCAACAGGACAUGGCUCAGUGUAGGGACGCCAUUAGAGUGAGGAACUGGAGGGAACUCAACAGCAUUGUGUCAGGUAUGGCCGCAAAGGCACGGAGGAUCUCAGAGUUUGGACACACAGCCGUCAGACAAGCCACUGACCACACCUUCAAGAGCACCCUCUCCCAGGCCGUCUCCAGACUCGACAAAGUCAUUCCACAGAUGCUCAAACUGUGUCAGAGACUGGUCACCAAUCCGUCCAAUCAGACUGCCCAGGACCACUUUGUGGGGUCCCUAAGAGAACUACUGGAGGCCAUUCAUGAUAUACAGACUGUGCUCAGUCAUGAGAUUGAUGUCCCUUACACUGAGGAAGAGGAGGUGGUUGGUUCAAGCCCCGCCCACUCACCACGGAGCUCGGCUCAAGAGAGGAUGCUUCAGAGGAACAUUGAGAGACAUAGGAAACAGUCGCAGUACAUCGGAGGUCUGAGAACAGCUGCCAGUAAACACGAGGAACGACCAAAGGACUCACGCCCCACCAGCAGAGCCACGGACAUACAGACUCAGACAGUGUCCAGCAGACCUGAGAGUGGCUUAUCAAUGGACCAGAACAGCAGCACGUUCACUCCAACCCACCGCCACAGGACCAAGGACCAAUCACACCAGGUCAACCUCACAGACUCUCUGGGAACUGUAAGUCCUGGUAUAAGCACUUCCAGUUGGACCACACCCACUUCUCAACCCCCCACCCCUGCCAAACGCCCCCCCACAGAGACGGGAACGAUGAGAUCCUACGUAUCCCCCCUGCAGAGACUAACGACAGCGGCAGAGAGAGGGGACACGGAGGGGGUUCCCCUACUCGCCUCACAACUGAAAGCUCGUACCAUCCGUCUCACCAAUAUUGCCGAGUCAGCAGCUGAGACCCUGAAACCCGACACUGAACUUGCCAAGACCAUCAAGAGUCGGUCAUCUAAAGUGGCUCUGAUGGUUCCCCAGGUGAUUGACCAGGCAGAGCAGGUGGCACGAGAUCCCGCCUCCCUCAGUGAUCUCCACAUCUCCACACAGAAGUGGGCGGGGCAUGUACGUCAGCUGGUGGAUGCCACACAACAGGCCAACCUCCCGUGGUCCAGGACAGCUGAUAAACUAGUCACUGCAGCAAAGACAGGGGAGGGUGUCAGGAAGCAAAUGGCACACAUGAGCACGCAGACUGAGCGGAUGUUGAACAUUGCUACCAUGACGAUAGAGGCGGCCACGACUGAGGAAGCCAUUGGGAACAGUGAUGAAUCGUUCCAGUCCCAGGACCUAGAGCUACGUGAGCAGGUGGACAGGGUGAGGGUGACCAUGGCAGAGAUACGGAAGCUCACACCACAGUUCCUGACAGCUGCUGAGCAAGUGUCAGGGCAACAGGACUUGGUGGGGUCUGCCACACUAGAGCAUCUCAACCUCCUCUCUCAGGAAUGGGCCACCAAGGCCAAGGUGUUGAUGAAGGGAGUGGACGAUGUAUCCCUAGGAAUGGGCGGGGCUGCUGAUACUCUAAUACUGUCAGCCAAGUCAGGUGACCCGUCCCUCUUAUCAGAGCAGAGCCAGAGUAUCCAGACCUUGGCCAGUGCACUGGGGGAGGUGGCGGAGGACGCCCUAGAAGGGUGUGCUGACUCGGACAAGGCUCAGGUGGUGAGAGUGACGGCCUCAAACCUCCGCAAGCUCUCCACACAACUCACCAAGGUAGCACAUGCCCAGGCAGAGGGAGUGGGCGGGGCUGAGGCAGAGCAAAGGAAUGCAGAGGACUCAGAGAUACUCAGGAGAGAUUGGUCCUCACAGGUUCACCUGCUGACUGCACACAUUGAUGAGCUGACAGCUGAGGUGUCUGCUCCAUUAGAUCGACUGGUAGACACCGCCAUACAAGCCAGUAGAUCAGAGGGUCUCGCUAAAGACCUCCUUCUCAAGCAGUUUGAACAGAGGGCGUCCUUUAUUGGAGACCAGCUCCAAGUUGUGUUGGGCCUCUUUCGCACUACUACGGGCUCUCUGGAAGUGAGGGGGCGGAGGGUGGACAAGAUCGACAACGCCCUCACUUUCCUCACAAAGCUCACACCUCACACUAUUGGUGCAGCUCGUUCCCUAGCAAGUGAGCCAGGGUCCGCCAUGUUGGAUCACUUCAACCACUUACGGAGGCAGUGGGCAUCAAAAGCUCAAUACCUCCUCUCUAAUCUCAAGAGGAUCCACUCACCAAACCUCACCUCAGUAUUGGAUGCGUUCCUGGAGCUGCUGCACACCACACAACUAACAGUUGACAAGGGAGUGGGCGGCACACCCCCUCAGCGUUACUACUCUGACGAGGCACUCAACGACGACAAAAUGAUAGACUACCCCGAUGGCAGUGCACCAAAACUGACUGUUACACACGAGAGCACUAGUGUGCAAUCAACCACUCCCUUGCGUACCAAGCGUCCGGCUAGCAUGGUGGUCCCUCUCCCUACCUGGGUGAACCGUGAUGAGGACGAUCCCUACAGUGUCUCCUCUCAGUCCAUUGCAGUGGCAGCUGCUUUAUUGCGUGAGGUCACUGAUGAGUUCACAGGAGAGGACAACCCAAUAGUUACCGUCGCCAAGAAAAUGUCAACCCAAAUGUCGCAGAUGGCUGAGUUUAGUCGUGGUAAAGGAGAGCUACAGAACCAGUCUGAGAUGAUUGACACAGCCAAAGCCAUAGCAGCCAACGGGCAGACCAUGGUGAGGUUUGCUAGCAUUAUUGGAGGCCAUUGCACAGACAAGACCAUUCGUAACGAGCUCCAAUAUUGUGCCGAGAUGAUACCCACUCUGAGCACACAGCUGCGUAUCAUAGCAACCGUGAAGGCAGCCACACCCACUGACAGCUCAGCUGAAGUGAUGCUUGUAAAGAAUGCUCAGAAUCUCAUGAAGGCUGUCAUCAAAACAGUGCAGGCUGCAGAGGCCGCCUGUAUGAAGGGACUCCGCCCACCUGACAGUGAUGAAGAGGAGGAGAUGGAGGCAGCUGCUCUGGCGGUGGGUUGGAAGAGAAAGCUGUAUCAUCAGCGUACCUUGGAGACACUCAAUGCUCCUCGUGAUGCUCGAGGCAUGAGGACCUUGAACAAGAACAGGAUCUCCACCCCCUCAGAAGUGGAUAUCAUUAAACCCAGGAAGAGCCUUCUCGCGAGUCCCCCUCAUAGACACAGCAUGAACCCUCCUUACUAA